CUCAGCCCACUUGAGGAUUCACACGCAUAGGUCCAGCGGCACAAGGCACAGAACUGAGUCAUGGACUGGGAUGAGAUAGCAGAGCGUAAGCACCUCGUGCAAUGCUAUGGCUGGGCCAGGUUAUUCGUAUCACGGAGGUCUGACAUUCCCGGUUGGGUCUCUUCUUUCCGGUCAGGAAACCUAUCGAGCGAAAUAGUUGAAGAGUUUUCUGGCUCCUUCAACCGGAGCUGCCAUAUCCGCUUUUGCGAUGGCGUAGAAUGGCUUGCACGUUUUACUAUGCCUGGUAAAGUAAUGGACGGGGAUGAAAAGCUCCGUCGCGAGGUCGCAGCUAUGCGCCUCGUCCGAGAAAAAACUAGCAUCCCAGUACCUAAAGUUCAUUCGUGGGGACUAUCAAAGGAAAAUAGGCUAGGACUGGGACCAUUCAUUAUCAUGGACUUCGUCCGAGGCGGCAAAUCCCUCCAUCACCUUUGGCGACAAAGUCCUGAUGAGGCGGUAUUAAGCUCGAACGUUAGCGAAGCGGAUCUCCGCACGAUAUACAGCCAGAUCGCCGGAUUCUACCUCGAGCUUUCGAAAUUGGAGUUCCCCCACGUUGGAUCUCUAUGCAUUCGAGAUGACCAGAGUAUACACACAGACUUGGGGCCGCUCACGCUAAAGAUGCAAGAAAUUGAAGCCCAUGGGGGAGUUAAAGUUGGGGGCAAUCGCUCAACAACAUUUCCAUCCGCAAGGGACUACUUCGAGUACGUUGCUGAGCAAGACCUAGAGCAACUGUAUAAGCAGCCCAACUCAGUCGACAAUGCCAACGACGCUCGAGCCAAGUACAAGUUCCGCCAUCAGUUCAACACUCUUAUUCCACGCUUUGUGAACGAGGAGUACCACGGAAUGUCGCCAAGGCUGUUAUGCGAUGAUUUCCGAUACGGGAAUUUAAUCGUUAAUAACGCGAAGGACCUGAAAAUACUCGCGGUUAUAGACUGGGAGUGGGCAUAUGCAGCGCCGUAUCAGAUGUUCUGCUCAGCACCGCGCUGGCUUCUUAUCACGAAGCCAACUGAGUGGCCUACACCAAAUGGUGAAGAAUUCGAGCGAUACAAAGCUUGCUUAGAUCUCUUUCUCGAUGAACUUCAGCAGCAAGAGGGGGAUAGCGACAACUUGGCAAUUGGGAGCGACAGACAGCGCCCGAGGAAACUAUCGGCACAAAUGCGCAGAUCUCUGACGGACGGCACGUUCUGGUUCCACGAGUUGAUGUACGAUUGUUUCACAAAUGCCGAGAAUACGGCUUGGAAGGCUGUCUGCAGUCUCCAUCCUGAUUUUGAAAGCAUCCCAAUUGCGGAAGAGGAACUGAAGGGGUUUGCGGAAAGGAAAACGAAGGAAUUGGAGGCUUACAACGCGCAGUGGGGUACCAUAAAGGCAGCUAUUAAGAGACAUGAAAUGGCUAGCUAAACAACCGCGUGGAGGAUACCUGGGAAGGCCAGGAUCAAUGCAGGCGUAGCUUUUGGGUGUGGAGUUCGGAUCAAAUAGGGCGGGAAAAGCGGUAAAUGAUUUUGCCAUCAUGAUACGCCAUAGAAAUACCGGCUUGGCACAACCCGAGCACUUCUACCAUUAAUCAAGC